CGUCAUCCCAAUUCCAUGUCCCGUCGCCAUGACUCUCAGCUUCUUCUGCAGUGCUUCUCUCUCCACUCAAACUCCAAGCCUUGUAAAGGUUCACAACCUAAUCAACAAAAAUGGGAUUCCAUCGGUCAUCACCUCUCCACAGGAAUCCCUCCGAAAAGGAAAUUGGGUGAAGCUCAUUUGUGGUGCUAGCUUUGAGGAUGUGAUUGAUGUUAGGAAUCUUUCUCUGGUUUACGCUCUAGCUGGAGUUGACUGCAUUGACUGUGCUGCGGAUGAAUCAGUUGUCAAUGCUGUAAAUGAAGGGAUUAAGGCAGCCAUGGAUAUAAUUCCCAAGGCCUUGGAAUUUGAUCCCAAUGAUUGCCCAUUGGAUUGCUCAAGGCCAUGUGAGAAUGUUUGCCCUGCCGAUGCAAUCUCAUUUUCAGGCAUAGUGGGUGUAUCCAAGAACAAGGGUGGUGUCUUGCCUGAACGAUGCUAUGGCUGUGGUCGCUGCUUACCAGUUUGCCCAUACGAUAAAAUAAAAGCAAUUUCAUAUGUACGAGAUGUUGCGGCUACAGGUGAACUUCUUAACCGGGAUGAUAUUGAUGCAAUAGAAAUUCACACCAGCUUAAGAGCACCAAUGUCAGUUAAUGUAGUGAAGAUCCAUAGGAAAGCUGAAUCUUUUCAAGAACUUUGGCAUGGUUUAGGGGAUUCACUUCAUAAGCUGAGGCUUGUAGCAGUUAGCUUGCCUGAUAUAGGGGAGCUUACUGUACCUGCCAUGAGUUCUAUGUACGAAACAAUGAAAGGUAACCUGCAUUGCCUCAAUCUAUGGCAGAUAGUUGGUAGGGUUCUGAGAUCUCUGCAAUCCGAGCAUGGUUACGGCUGUCUUGAAGACUACCCAGACCAUCUUCUUGAGGCACUCGAACUUUAGUUGGGACUGUUAAAUGCUAUAAUCAUGGUUAGUUUUGCUAAAGCUGAAUAUGAACCCGGUUUAUAGAAUUUACCAGUGGCCUUGAAUUCGGAAACAAGUGAGAUAAUGCAACUCUGAUAAUCUAUUAGAAUAAAAAAAUAUGAUAAGAUAUCAAAGAUGUCCGUCCCUUUUUUUUUUUGUUUGGCAUUUGAUAAUGUAUCUCUUAAUAAAAUAUAACAUUUUUUUUAAUUUGAAUUGUUAGUAUAGAUAUAUCACAAAUAGUGGAAAAUAAAAUAUCACUUUAUAUUCCUAUGUAUGUAAAAAAAAAUAGUGUUUUGAACCGAUUUUAUU